CGUCACCAGUGGAAAACAAGAUGGCCACUUACAAUUUGUAAAUGGAUCUAUUAACGUAGGAAUCAACCUCGUUGAGCCACAAGAUCAAUGUUUUCAUACAGUUAGGUAGCCGACUAGCCCGAUAGGGUAAACAAUACAUCAAUACCCUAGCUGUAAGCCGAUUUUAAAGAUACAAAUUUCGGAAGUAAUACCCGGUGAAAACCGGGAGAGCGUGAACUAGGAAUGGACGGAGGAGAGUAUAUUUCUUCCAUGGAAAACAUGGACCCAACCUUAGCAGAACUUGGUGAUGAAUUCACACUUGGGGACAUUGAUGAGAUGCUCCAGUUUGUCAGCAACCAGGUGGGGGACUUCCCCGACCUCUUUGAGGAGCAGAUAAACGGUGGCUCUGGCUCUGUUCCAAACGGGAUGGCGCAGACCCCUCGCCAGGCCCCCGCCGCCCCUCCGACCCCCCAAACCCCUCAGACGGUCCAGGCCACCACGUUCCAGACCACCCUGGCCGCCACGCCAGCCGCCAAGCUGGUGCCCCACUCGCUCCCGCUCACGCCGCCCCAGACGCCCGUGCAGACGGUGACGGCGACCCAGGUGCGCACGCCGCCCCUGCUGCAGCCGCGGCCCCAGCAGCAGCUCCAGGCCAUCCAGCCCCAGCAGCCGCAGGCCGUGCAGCCCAUCCAGGUGCAGACGCAGGCCAUCCCCAUGCACACGCAAGCGCUCACCGUGCAGACGCAGAGCUUCCCCGUGCAGACCCAGACGCUGGCCAUGCACAACCAGACGCUGCCCGUGCACACGCAGGGCCAGACGGUGAUGUUCACGUCGGCCCCCAAUCAGUCUCGUUUUAUUCAGAACCCCGUCAUCUGCCACCAGAGCCCCACUUCUGGUUUCCAGGUCCUCCAACCACAGAUGCAGAGCAUUGUGACAUCGCCGCAGGUGCAGCCAAUGACAAUCCAGCACCAGCGCCUGCUGACGCCAGCAGGACAGACCAUCCAGACCCUCUCCACGGCGCCCACUGCUGUGCACACAGUGCAACAACAGGUGCAACAAGUCCCUGUUCUGGUCCACCAGCCCCAGAUCUUGAAGAACGACACUCUGGUUCUGACGACGCUAAAACCUGACGGAACCCAGGUUCUGUCCACCAUGCAGAACCCCACUGGCAUCACCACCCUUACAACCCCUAUUCAAACGACUGCUCUUCAGGUCCCGCAGUCUUUCUUUUCCUCUUCUCAGACGCUGAUGGGCAGCAACAUCCUGACCACUGUGCCGGUCAUGAUGGGCAGCAGCGACAAGCUGCCCAUCAAGCAGCUGUCGUCAGGCACCGCCCAGAGUGGACUUCAGAGCAGGCCGAGCAUGGAGCACGGCUCGCCGGUGACGGUGGGCCCCGGGGGCGUGGUGAAGGAGGGCGAGCGCAGGACCACCCACAACAUCAUCGAGAAGAGGUACCGCUCCUCCAUCAACGACAAGAUCAUCGAACUCCGCGACCUCGUCAUGGGACAUGACGCCAAGAUGCACAAGUCAGGGGUGCUGCGCAAGGCCAUCGACUACAUCAAGUACCUGCAGCAGGUCAACCACAAGCUGCGGCAGGAGAACCUGACCCUCAAGAUGGCUAACCAGAAGAACAAGUCGGUGUGUCUGCCGGAAGAUAUCGAGAUGAAGCCAGAGCUGCAGAUGAUGUCUCCUCCAGCCUCUGACUCAGGCUCUGGCUCCCCUGACCAGUUCUCCCCAUACUGCAUUGACUCUGAGCCGGCCAGCCCUCUUCUGGAGCACGAGCAGUUGAAGAGUGAGCCAGAAUCGCCGUCCACCGUGGGCGUGAUGGACCGCUCCCGCCUUCUCCUGUGCGCCCUCACCUUCCUCUGCCUCUCCCUCAACCCGCUGCCCUCCCUGCUGGGCUCAGAGGCUCACGGCGGACCCAGCUGGGGCUCGGAGGCCGGCGGCCAUGGACCCACCAGAACUCUCUUUGGCACUGAACUCUCUCCAACACAGAACUUGGCUUCCUGGUUAUGGUGUCUGUUGCCAUGGGUGAUGGUGUGGACGCUGAGUGGGAUUGGUGCGGUGUGGGGGUGUGUGCGGGUGCUCUACCUAUGGGAGCCCGUCACCCCUCUCCACUCACCCAGGUCAGUGUCCUUCUGGAGGCACCGCAAGCAGGCCGACCUGCACCUGUACAGGGGUGAUUACUCUGCUGCAGUCACCAGCCUCGAGACCUGCCUGUCCAUCUUAUCCAGAGCUCUCCCCACCAGCAGACUGGACCUCACCUGCUCUCUCUCCUGGAACUUCAUUCGCUACUGUCUCCAUAGGCCCACCCCCUUGGGAUGGCUCGUGCGCCAGGUUGGUGGCAGACACGAGGGGGAGGAGUCUCAGACCAGUGCCCGUGACGCAGCUCUGGUCUACCACCGACUGAGCCAGCUCCAGCUUACAGGUAAACUAGCCGAGGGCAACAGCCUCUUGGCCCUGUCUCUGUCCCUGAGCGCCGUGAACCUGAGCGAGAGCGCCCAGGGGAAGAUGCCCGCCACCCAGCUGGCACAGAUGUAUGUCACCGCCGCCACUGCCCUCCGCACCGCGCUGGGCCACCACCUGUCCUGCCUCCCUGGAUAUCUGCUGAACCGGGCCGAGAAUGUGGCCAGCCAAUCAGACGGGAAGCCCAUCCCUGACGGACUGCGCUGGCUCUUCACCCCAUUGGGCAGGCAGUUCUUCCUGAGCUGUGAUUGGUCAGUGAAGUCUGAGCGUCACGAGGGAGUCUACACGUCCCAGAGAGACCAAGUGGACCCCAUCGCCCAGCUGCACUGCUGCUUCUGCGAGAGGCUUCUGGAGAGGGCUGUCCACUCCCUCAUCCAGCCCAACAGCGACUCGGAGGCCAGCAAAAGCAAAGAUGACUCUGGGGAGUUCUCCAGCACUCUGGAGUUCCUCCAGCUGCUGACCAGCUGCACUGAAGAGUCCCCCGCCACCUCGGCCUCUUUCCCAGCACUGCCCAAUCAAAACACAACACCAGUGGGAGACCCUGUGUGCCGCUGGUGGGUGCUGGUCUUGAAGGCUGCGGUUCACUGGCUGCAGGGUGAUGAUGCAGCUGUGAGGUCUUUACUUGCUGAGGCUGAACGGGUCCCCAGAGCUCUGCACACACUCGACCACCCCCUGCCCAAGGCGGUGCAGCAGCUGUGCAAGGCGGUGCAGGUGAGCCUGAGCCAGCAGAAGGGGGAGGGCGCGGGCGCCUGCCUGGCUCACUGCGAGCGCUCCAGUGCCUACCUGCGGGCGAGCAUCUCCGUGCAGCUCGCCCAGUCGGCCACCUGGCUCAACAAGGGGGUGGAGCUUCUGGUGUGUGACCUCUUGCUGACCCUGCGGACCAACGUGUGGCAGCGCGGCAGCUCCAAUGGGGAGGCGGGCCCUGCUCUCGGCUCCCAGUUGGCCGGCUUCCAGAGGGACCUGAGCUCCCUGCGCAGGCUGGGACAGUGCUACCGACAGGCCCAGCACAAGGUUUUCCUGCACGAGACCACGGUGAGACUGAUGGCUGGAGCGAGUCCAACCCGCACCCACCAGCUGCUGGAGCACAGCCUACGCCGCCGCCCGCAAAACUCUGGACAGGCCGCAGAGGGCGUCCUGGGAGAGCGUGAGCGCGCCCAUGCCAUCCUGCUGGCGUGCCGUCACCUCCCUCUUCCCCUGCUGACGCCGCCAGGGCACCGCGCCCGCCUGCUGGCCGAGGCCAAGCGCACGCUGGAGCGCGUCGGCGACCGCCGCUCGGUGCAGGACUGCCAGCAGAUCCUGUUGCGCCUGGGCGGGGGCACCACCAUCGCCGCCUCCUGAACCCCCCGGGUCCCGGAUCAGUCCUGAAAGGGAGUUGCCCGUCAACUUGCCCAAAUGCCACAGACACCAGAUCAGCCAUCAUCUGCUCUACAGUGGCACAUUUGAAUAGGGAAAAGCUUAGUAGCCAUUCAUUUUCAUACACAGCCCGCAAAUAUGUUAAUGUACGUGUCGUUCAUUUAAAGCACUAUAUAUUUUACACACGCACACACACACACACACACACACACAAAUAGACUGUAGACUCUACUUUUAUUCACCAAUAGAGUACAAACCGAGCUGAUCAUAUUUAGACACAUGCGUUGAGAAAUGUACACGAUUUCUCUGUAUUUUUAUAGAUCAUCUCACUUUUUCCAUUCUUGUAUUGCCCUGUUGCAGACCUUUCUGUUCUAUGUGCUCUGUAGAGGAGGACGUUAUCUCUCGUUUACCCUCGGGCAGCACCUCAACCUUGUUGCCGUGGCUUUUCACAGGUUAUUUAUGAGCCAGACCUCACACUGGAAAAACUGCACACACACACACACACACACAAAAGAUGGAUGUUGUCGUAACGUGCAGUUGGCUCUCUGUGGCCACUGUGACCAUAGAGAGAGGAGGAGGGGUAUUUUUUGUGGAGGGGUUUUGCAGGUAAAGGGAACAACCUCACCAGAUUGCAGGUUUACUGUGCACACGGUGUAGUCUCUCUCUCUCUCUCUCUCUUUCUCUCUUUUUGUUUCUGUCUCCAUUUCUACAACCUUUUCUCAAUUAUUUCAUCUUCCUGACCACAUCUUUCACCUCGCAAACACCAUACGGUCACUUUUUCUCUGGACGUGAAAAUCUAGAGCAAACAAAACAAGAAUCAAUAAGCCAGACAUCAUGCCCAGAAGUUGCAUCUUCAAAUCAAAUCUUAUUUUAUUGCUAAAUGCUGCCACCAACCGAGACCAACAUACAAAUACCGGACCAACAGUAGGAACUCAAUACCCACUGUAACUGUUUGUUUGUUAAAGGAUUAGAAGGACAUCCAUCUUAACCUUCUUUUCCUCUUGACCACCCCAAGGGCUUUGAAGGAAACAAAGCCUUCUAGACCUUUGCUGAGCUCCACAACACCACGCUCCCUAGCAAAUGCAAGGCCUCUCACAGGACUGCUUGUGUAGAAUCAGUUUGUACCUACCUCAUUUACUACGCAACGCCUGAACAGUGUGCUGGAACUGCAGUACUGAACAACCAGUUGGCCCUUGAGUGUGUUGUAAUGGUGAAUUAUAGUAGAGCGGUUAGGUAAAACACCCGAUGAAGCAUAUGUAGUGCAAUUCGUAUGGUAUGUAAAUGUUUGUACUUAAUUUAUCAGUAGAAAGUUCAGUGACCUUGAAUAUCAUAAAUCAAUGGUCCCAAGCAUCUGAGUUUUGACAUCUAAGACUCCUAUAUACACGCAUACAGUAUGUGUGCACAUAAACACACAGAGCUCAGUCAUGUUUUGUAUAUAUACAUUGUAUAUAGCCGUGUAGAGACCAAAGUUAGACUUAGUAGGGAGUAUAGUAGCCUGUCGUCCCCCACGAGCCGGUCAGACAUCAUUCUGAAACAUUUUAUAUGUUGUGUGUACAUAUUAUGGUCUGAAAACGUGAACGUAAAAUGGGAAAGGACACUGACCAUCUGCUAGUGUGCAAAAACAUGAAGUAUAGUCAUGACGGAGCUUGGGCCACGAUGCUAUCAGGCAGGAUUGGAUGAGUUAACAGUAACUCCACAGCUUCAGCUUCAUGGCCUUGAAACUUUUAAUUAUUAUCACUAUAUUUUUGUUAUAGCUCUUAUUUGUUUCAUUCUGAGAGGUUUGUCCAUCAUGGGCUCUUAUGUUCGUUUUUAAUUCUGGACUCGUUGGAUAGAUUAUUUUUGUCGGUGUUUCCAUUUUGUGUUUUGUGAGUUAUUCUGUUAUUUAAAGAGCUGGAAGGCAUCUGUUCAUAAUGGGCACCCGCUUCCCCUCACAGUUCACACUUUAGUUCUACUGAUGAUAUAAUAGGGUCAGGUGGGUAUGAUGGAAGGAGAAUGAAUAUAGGGUAGCGGAAAAGUUGCUUAAAUAUUCUGCUUCGUAUGAUGCAUUUUUUAAAACCGCAAAACAAUAUUGUACGCUUUUAAACUGGUUUUAAACUGAGGCACAAUUUCCAUGUGGUUGGGUGUCUUUUCUGUACAUCACCCAGACAGCUUUAAGUUUUAUCCUGAAGUGAUUGGAAUGACCAAUGGCUGCAAGGGAUUGCUUAGUGCUGUUUCCCAACAGCCCUUUAAUGGAAAAUCAUGUUACAGACUUUCCCUCCCUCUCUUUCUCUGUAUGUGUUUAUUGUUUGGAUUUUUAUGUUUGAAGUUUGUUUUUUAAUAAAAUUGCAGAUGACCUUG